AUGUGGAACCCUGGAAAUAAGCCAGUUCCCCAGGAGUUCAUCGAUGUCCUUCUCGACGAAGAAGAACUGGAUAUCGAUGAAGACCAUGGGGAACUGGUAGAAGAAUAUGAUGCAGAGGAGAUACUUAAUAUUCCUGUGGAUACAAAGAGAGCCAGUGGGUCUCCGCAAUGCCCAACAGUAGAGAUGUCUGGAGAAGUACAUGUACUUGAUGUGCCUGCUCCAGAGCCUGCUCCAGAGGUGCCUGGAGAAGUGCAUGUACUUGAUGUGCCUGCAAGCUUCCAGAGGUGCCUGGAGAAGUGCAUGUACUUGAUGUGCCUGCUCCAGAGGUGCCUGGAGAAGUGCAUGUACUUAAUGUGCCUGCUCCAGAGUCUGCUCCAGGCCCCGUACCCCGCUUCAGGGUGGAAGUGA